AUGAGUUCUGGCUCGGAGGCCGCGUCGCCCCGCCCCGCCAAAACCACCCCCGGGAAACAGCCCGAAACCUUGGGCUGGCUCCCCCCGCCACCCAAAUCGCGCCAGCCAAGUCCACGCGACUCUUCGGCCUCCAUGCUCUCCACCGAUUCGUACAACCCCUCGGAAAUCGGCGAGGCCAUCCAGCUCUCGGUGGUGGACGAGCAGCGGGGGGCUGCUGGGCCCGUCAAGCACACCUAUGUGCGCGGCCUGUCGCCGCAGUCGGCCGCCGCUUUGGACGCCUGCAUGGCCCCCGACCAGGCCGAAGAUUCCGACUCCUUGGCCUCCUCCGGCACCAUGCCGUUGGGCCGUCUCGACACCAUCCGGAGCUCCACCAACCCGCGCAAUCCACCGGCAAUCAGCGUCAGCACCGCCAUCCAAGAAGUGGUGCCGCCACGCCUGCGCCGGCGUCCGGUCAGCGAAAUCAUCGUAUCCCUGGGGCCCCUGGAAUCUGCACAACGCGGGCUCCGCCACCGGCGCUCGUUGGACAUCAGCGACAACUUGCUGCGGCUCAUGGAGUCCGCGUCAGAUCUCACGUAUGGCGCCGGGACCGACCUCACGGGCGCAGUUGCGCGAGCGCCGUCUUCUCUGACCAUGAGUAUCUCCAAGGAAAGCUUCCAGACGGCCGAGGAGCUUUCGCUCGGGGGCAGCCCGGAGCGGGCCGUGGAAGACCGCCAACUCCCGCGCCGGCCUGAUGCCCGAGCAAUGAGCCGGGCACGCCAAGUUUCGGCGUCGCAAGCCCAGGAGCGGGCCGGCGCCCGCGGCCGGGCCCUGUUUGGCGAGACCGGGUCGAUGUCCAGUGGCUCGGACCGGGUCUCCUCGGGCACGUGGCCAGCCGCCGCGGGCCUGGCAGAGGAUGUGGGGCUGUUUGAAAAUAGGCCAUAUUUGGGCAAGAGCAUGGAUAGCCGGCCCGUGCAGUUGGACGCGGAAACCCCCAGCCUGCCCGUCCCACGCCCUCCCAGCCUGGUCUCGUCCUGCUACCCCUCGGUGGACCGGCUGCAUUCGAGAAGCAGUGCGGUCCUUGGAAAGUCUUUAGGUAGUGGCAGCAGCAGGCACAGCUGGACACAGCUGGACGCUUCCACGGGGGAACACCUCCGAGUGGACCGCAUGCGGCGGCCUGUGAUGACCGGCCGCAACGACACGGCAGCCACGUUCUCGGACCUCACUGUGGACCUCAAACAAGUUGGCAGCGGGGUGGUGGCGUCUUGCCCUGAUAGCCGCAAGUCGCUGGUUUCUUUGCCGUCUCAAAAUUUGGCUCUGCCGCGAGAAGAGCGGCCUGCCUCCAGCACGGCGGCUGGCUCUGAGGAAAAAACGGGCAGUGGCUCUGGCCUGGCCUGUGAUCCUGGAGACACGAGCCCGGGCUUGGAAAAUCCAGACUUGGGUUUGGUCAAGCGGAGCACCGGUCUCGAAACCCCAGGUUCUGGUGCGGUAGAGCCAGAUUCUGCUAUGGGAAAGCCAGAAUCUGCUAUGGGAAAGCCAGACUCAGUUUCGGAAAAUCCGCCUACUUUUCCCGAAGAAGACGAUGGCUUCUACGACAUCGAGGAGCCCGUGGUCGUGCCCUUCCCCACAAGGGCCAAAUCCGUCAAAGACCACACCAAGCUCCCUCAGCGAAGAAACACCCGGCGCCGGUCACGGCGGCUUAGGAAUAAAGACCCCGCUCCUGGCCUGCAAGUCAAGCCGUUUUCCUAUGAUACGCUUGUGCAUUUGCUUGAAAGCAUGAACGGCACAGUGGUGGGCGAGGAGUUCCGGCAGUUGAACUUGCCCAUCCAGGAGCAGCAGCUCAUUGAAAAGGUCAUUGAUCUGUUGAGCAGAUUGACGCUGGACAUGGUCACGGACAAAAACCGCUUUGAUGUUGGAAUCGAGAGGCUUGAAAAGGCACACCGCCAAGAUUCACCCAGAGUGACACGAGCAGACAAGAAUACUGAGAUGGGCCACAAGACUACUGAGAUCGACCACAAGACUACUGAGAUCGACCACAAGACUACUGAGAUCGACCACAAGACUACUGAGAUGGACCACAAGACUACUGAGAUCGACCACAAGACUACUGAGAUGGACCACAAGAUGGGCGCUUACCAUCAUCACCAAGGAAGCCCGUCUGGACGAGAUAUUAGCGCUGACGCAAGGAUUGUUGUGGGGUCUGAACGGGAGGACCAAAGUGAACCAGACUGGUACUCCUUCUCGAAGCGCAGCGUGAAUGAGUAUGCUGUUGAUGGCGCCCCAUCCGUAGGAAUAUUCAACGCCGGUCAUUCGCAGAAAUCAGGACGUGUGCAGAACAACACUGAAACCAGAACGUCAAAGACAAACACUCAAAAGAACAACAUUGGCACAGUGCCCAAGAAUCAACAUUGGCACAAUGCAGACGCGGCCGUUGUGCCCGCGACUAUUUCGUCUCAAAAGCGCCGCGACUAUUUCGUCUCAAAAGCGCCGCGACACGCAUUGCCACGGCUCACUUUUCCUCGGAAAUCAUGCGCGCCGCCGCAGGACAUGCCGGCCGUCAACCGCGACACGGUUGCCUUUUUAACCGGAAGCACGCGCGUGCAUGCAGGACGCACCGCACGACGCAGUUUUGCUCUAUAUCUACAUCACAUCCCCGGAUUCAAACGUGAUGGCAUGCGGCCCUUUCACACGAACUGA